UAUGUGCUCUCAUGGGUGAAUUUUGCACUGCAAUGUGAGUCAGUUCUCAGAAGCAGCCCUCGGUUCCACAGCAGACUGUUGUUUGAAGAUGUAUCCAUGGAAGGCAUUCUGAAGCUCUUUGGCGAAUACUUCUUUAAGUUCUGUAAGAUGUCCGGCUAUGACAGGAUGCUGCGGACACUUGGAGGAAAUCUCACAGAGUUUAUUGAGAACCUAGAUGCCCUCCACAGUUACCUGGCACUGUCUUAUCAGGAAAUGAACGCACCAUCCUUUCGUGUGGAGGGAGGAACUGACGGGGCAAUGCUUCUCCAUUACUACUCAGACAGACAUGGUCUGUGUCACAUUGUACCAGGCAUCAUUGAAGCUGUGGCCAAGGACUUCUUUGACACUGAUGUGGCCAUGAGUAUCCUCGAUAUGAAUGAAGAGGUGGAAAGGACAGGGAAGAAAGAACAUGUCGUGUUUCUGGUUGUGCAGAAGGCUCGAAGACAGAUAAAAGGGGCAAAGGCAAACCAGCCGCAAGACAGUGAGGACAUCCAGGCAGACCAGGAGGCUCUCCAGGGAAUACUCCUUAGGAUGAAGGAGAGAUACUUAAACAUCCCUGUUUGCCAUGGGGAGAAAGCUCACUCAGCUGUUAUGAGGGCAUCAGUCCUGUUUGGAAAAGGGCCCCUUGGGGACACCUUCCAGCCUGUCUAUCCUGAGAGACUGUGGAUUGAAGAGGAGGUGUUCUGCAAUGUUUUUCCUUUCCACAUUGUCUUUGAUGAAGCACUAAGGGUCAAGCAAGCUGGAGUGAAUAUUCAGAAGUAUGUCCCUGGAAUCCUAACCCAGAAGUUUGGACUAGAUGAGUAUUUCUCCAUCAUCCACCCUCAAGUUACUUUCAACAUCUCCAGCAUCUGCAAGUUCAUUAAUAGUCAAUUUGUCUUGAAGACACGAAGAGAAAUGAUGCCCGAAGCAUGGAAGAGCCAGCCGACACUCAAACUCCGGGGCCAGAUGAUCUGGAUGGAGUUUCUGAAGUGCAUGAUCUUCAUGUGUUCUCCAAAGCUCCGUAGCCUACAAGAGCUGGAAGAGAGCAAGAUGCAUCUUUCUGACAUUGCUCCACACGACACAACCAGGGAUCUAAUCCUCCUCAACCAGCAGAGGCUGGCAGAGAUGGAGCUGUCCUCCCAGCUGGAGAAGAAGAAGGAGGAGUUGCGUGUCCUUUCCAAUCACCUGGCCAUCGAAAAGAAGAAGACAGAGACCUUGCUGUAUGCCAUGCUGCCUGAACAUGUGGCCAACCAGCUCAAGGAGGGCAAAAAGGUGGCUGCAGGAGAAUUUGAAACAUGUACAAUCCUUUUCAGCGAUGUAGUGACAUUCACCAACAUCUGUGCGGCCUGUGAACCUAUCCAAAUAGUGAAUAUGCUGAACUCAAUGUAUUCCAAGUUUGACAGGUUAACCAAUGUCCACGAGGUCUACAAAGUAGAAACAAUAGGUGAUGCUUACAUGGUGGUGGGUGGAGUACCAGUACCCACUGAAAGCCAUGCUCAAAGAGUUGCUAAUUUUGCUCUGGGGAUGAGAAUUUCUGCAAAAGAAGUGAUGAAUCCUGUCACCGGGGAACCCAUCCAGAUCAGAGUGGGAAUCCAUACUGGACCGGUCUUGGCAGGUGUGGUGGGAGACAAGAUGCCUCGGUACUGCUUGUUUGGUGACACUGUAAACACAGCCUCUAGGAUGGAAAGUCACGGGCUUCCCAACAAGGUGCAUCUGAGCCCUACAGCCCACAGAGCCCUGGAAAACAAAGGGUUUGAAAUUGUCAGGAGAGGAGAGAUAGAAGUGAAGGGGAAAGGAAAAAUGACCACAUACUUUCUGAUCCAGAACCUGAAUGCCACCGAGGACGAGAUCAUGGGGCGACCUUCAGCUCUCGCUGAUGGGAAGGAAGCAAGUACUCCUGAAAACCAAGUCAGGAAGUCCUGUGGUGAACUAAGGAACACAGACCAUCAGCAACAUGUCUACAACAGUGAUCCAGCAGAUGCUUCUGAUGAGGUCACACUUGCCGGGAGCCCAGUGGCAGGGCAAGACUCCACAGAUGCAGCCAAUAGCCAGCCACCACCAGAUGAGACCAAGACAAGAGCCCUUGCUGGUGGCCCUGUGCUGUCUGCCUUCUGUGUUAUGCUGUGAUCAGGAGAAGCAGUGAACCUCUGGCAUCUGCUUCCUGCAUUCCAUAGCAGGAAAGAAAAUUGAUUUGUAAAAAUGCAGAAGUUCAAAAUG